UUACGCAAGUUACGUAGAGGAACGAUUACGGCAGGAAAAGAGGGUGCCCACACAACGCCUUUCCGCUCGCACUUGUUUUCAGCCUUUUAAACUUAAUGCUGAAAGCACAAAAUGGAUUUCAAGGAGUUGUUUGACGAGCGAACGUUCACCUUUUCUGACUUUCAAGAGUUUACGUUUCUGCCCGAGCAUGAGCAAUGGUCUGAGAGGGUGAGGAAGCGUCUUUAUUAUGGGAUUGAUUCUGACAGUCCACUGGAUGCUCUAUCCUGUCCCAUGACAGAUAUUGCUGUGGAACUGCUCCAGAAAUCGGCCCCAAGUCCUAUACGAAAACUCCACAAGAAAUAUGCUGCACAUGUGGCCAGGGAAGCAUGUAUAUCUCCCUGUGCCAUGAUGUUGGCCUUGAUAUACAUUAAAAGACUCCGACACAGAAACCCUGAAUACCUGCAACAGAUCUCGUCCUCCGACCUCUUUUUAAUUUCCAUGAUGGUUGCCAGUAAAUAUUUGUACGAUGAAGGAGAGGAAGAAGAGGUUUUCAACGAUGAAUGGGGCACUGCGGCUAAGUUAGAUGUUAAGACUGUCAACACUUUGGAGAUGAAUUUCCUGAGCGCAAUCGAUUGGAACCUCUUCGCCGAACCCAGUGACCUCUUUAAAGUUCUCAGUCAGGUGGAAGGCAGCAUUGCAGAGCGGCAGGGUAUGAAGCGAGGAUGGUUUACCUACACGGAUCUCUGUGUUUUGCUAGAGCAAUCCAGUUGGAAAGAAGCAUUUACCGGCAUUUACCAGCACUUUACUAAGGUUACCUGUAUGUUGGGUCUCCUUUACUUGACAAGCGUUGCCGGUCUCAUCGCAUCCUCCACGAUGAUCCACCUUCUCACUCGUCUUCCCAGCACCAGUCGCACUCAGUUGGGCUUUAUGGAGCCCACGUCCAUUGAGACACCAGCACUUCUUCCAAAUCUCUUACUGGACACUCCUAACCAGACAUCAGAUCUCCGCUGCUGCUGCACCCUGACCAACGACAGCUUUAAUCUGCACGCUUCGGUGACAUCAGAGCACCCGGGUUCCACAUCCCUGAGUCGAAACACUGUGCUGUGUCUGUGGAGCUCUAUCCUCUCUACACUGGCCUACCCUAACCCCUCGCACAACCAACAACAAGACUGUUUUCAUUCUGAAGGGUUCUGUCAAGGUUUCACGCCCCUUCAGUGCUGCGGACGCAAUAACACGACUACUGAUUCCUCUCCGUGGGUACUCCAUACGGUACCCUGGUUUGGGUUGGCUCCCGUCAGCGAAGACCUGGUGUUUCCAGACCCCCACCUCAGCUCAACGCCCACAUUUAAGAGACACCCAUGCUGCCGAGAGACUACUUUGCCAUUCGGGAAAUCACAAUCUCUCCUCAUGCCAGGCUAGAUGAGGAUUUCCGCUAGGCUAUAAGGGUUCUUGUAGCGAAAUUAAACCAGCUUUGUUUA